CUUGUACGCACGUUCCCUGAGAACCCGGAAGUGCGAGGGAGAGGAGAGCCACGUGGGUGGAGCUGGAGCGCAGCUCGCAUGGGGGAGUCUAUCCCGCUGGCCGCCCCGGUCCCGGUGGAACAGGCGGUGCUGGAGACGUUCUUCUCUCACCUGGGUAUCUUCUCUUACGACAAGGCCAAGGACAAUGUGGAGAAGGAACGAGAGGCCAACAAGAGCGCGGGGGGCAGCUGGCUGUCGCUGCUGGCGGCCUUGGCCCACCUGGCCGCGGCCGAGAAGGUCUAUCACAGCCUCACCUACCUGGGGCAAAAACUAGGGGGCCAGUCUUUCUUCAGCAGGAAGGACUCCAUCCGCACUAUCUAUACUUCCCUGCAUAAUGAGCUGAAGAAGGUGGUGACUGGCCGCAGUGCCCUGGGAGGGACCGCUCCUCACGUAGAAGAACUCCUUUCCCACCUGUCAGAGCAGCUCUGCUUCUUCGUUCAGGCUCGGAUGGAGAUCGCAGACUUCUACGAGAAGAUGUACACCCUCAGCACCCAGAAGUUCAUCAAUGCUGAGGAGCUUGUUGGCCUCCUGGACACCAUCCUCAAGAAAUACAGCUCCAGAUUUCACCACCCAAUCCUCAGUCCUUUGGAAAGCGGUUUCCAGCUGGAAGUCGAUGUCCUGAGUCAUCUCCUGAAGGCCCAGGCUCAGGUCUCAGAGUGGAAGUUCCUCCCAUCUCUGGUGAACUUGCACAACGCUCACAGCAAGCUGCAGACAUGGGGCCAGAUCUUUGAAAAGCAGCGGGAGACCAAGAAACAUCUGUUUGGAGGGCAGUCUCAGAAGGCCGUCCAGCCCCCGCACCUUUACCUUUGGCUGAUGAAACUCAAAAACAUGCUUCUUGCCAAAUUUAGCUUUUACUUUCAUGAAGCACUGAGCCGACAAACGACUGCUUCAGAAAUGAAAACGCUGACUGCAAAAGCCAACCCAGACCUUUUUGGAAAGAUUUCCAGCUUCAUUAGGAAAUAUGACGCUGCCAACGUGUCCUUAAUCUUUGACAACCGAGGGUCCGAAAGCUUUCAGGGUCACGGCUACCACCACCCCCAUUCCUACAGAGAGGCCCCAAAGGGUGUGGACCAGUAUCCAGCUGUGGUGUCUCUGCCCAGUGACAGGCCUGUCAUGCACUGGCCCAAUGUCAUCAUGAUCAUGUCGGACCGCGCUUCUGACCUGAACAGCUUGGAGAAAGUCGUUCACUUCUAUGAUGACAAAGUUCAGAGCACCUACUUCCUAACCCGCCCGGAACCUCAUUUUACCAUUGUCGUCAUUUUUGAGUCAAAGAAAUCCGAAAGAGACUCCCACUUUAUUUCCGUCCUCAAUGAGCUCUCACUUGCCCUGAAGAACCCCAAAGUUUUUGCAAGUCUGAAACCUGGGUCCAAAGGUUAGCAGACUAUUUGUGUGAAGGAUUGUCAAGAUAGGAAAUUGUGUUCUUAAUUUUUCUGAUGAUCUACAGUGGUCUGUGGUUAGAGUUUCCAUCCAUUCGUGCUUCUUUCAGAGCUAAAUUAAAGACAAAUCUCCCCUAAUUGUGUCGUACACUUUAUAUGCAAUUAAGGCCAAUUGAAUUAAGUAUCCAAAGAGUGAUCUAGGAAGUCAUCAUGGCUACUGUGUAUCUCCAUGAUACAGAAAAGUACGCUCGGUAUUUUCUCUUAUUCUGUACUUCUUGUAGACUGAAUAUUUAUUGGCCUUUGAUGUUUCUUUCCAGAUGUUUUAUGUUAUUCUAGAUAUUAUGUUCUAAUGCAAUUCCACACACCCUUUCCCCUACACUCCUACCUGGAUGAGUAAUUGGGAUAAGAUAUUAAAUGGCCUUUAUAGAAUUAAAGACUUAUGUUUUCUAUCUCAUCAAUAAGCCGAUGAACAUGAAGUUACUAGUUUUAUGAUUCUGAAGUACAAAUGAAUAUUUUUGAUGCUAAAAUUAGAGUCAUGGUGAGAAAUUAGUUGUUGAAAAUGAAGGUGAAUCAGAGUGGUAGGAUAACAUCAGGUUUUAACAGUUCAGAAGACCCUAUGGCAACUUUACUAGCCAUGGAUUCUUUUGGGGUGAUCUACACACCUCACUACAUUUGUUUUUACCCCGAUAAAGUUUGGAUUUUUCGCUGUUUUAAAAUCAGCAUAAGCCAUUAUGUGGGAUUUCUUUACUCUUCAGCGUAUUACCUCCUUGGCUUUCUGUUUAUCACCUUUCUGCUGAAAUGCGUGUUCAUGUUUGGCCCUACUCAAUGGCUAUUUUUAGGCUGAAAAAGCAUGCAAUCUUGGUUUUUCAGCCACUUUUAGACAUUCAUGCGACUUAGCCUACUUUUAUAAAAUCAAAAUGGAAUCCUGUACUUGCUAAAAAUCAAUUGUGCAUUCAUAAGACAUCUUCAUAAUUGAGUCAUCAACUGAGUACUUAAGCGCAUCUGAACUUGAGAUUCAUGCCUAUCUCCUGCAAAUAUUUUUAGAAGUAGUGAUACAUCUUAACCCAUGCUGCCUUACCAUUUUCCUUCAGAAGGUGUUCAUGGGGAGGAAGGCAUAAUGGGCUGUGCAGACCUUCCCUUCUAGCUUCCUGAUUCGGAAUAAAAAUAAGCCACAAAGAGUAA